AUGUCAGAUUUGUCUUCAAACUUAUUAUUACAACUAAAAGAUUAUUCAAAAUGUAACGAUGAUCUGGCUAUGUUGAUUCGAAAAACCAUUUUAGAACCAUUUCAACUUGACCUCUCACGUCCUGAUGCAUUACGAAAACCACCACCUACCCCAUCACGAUUUAAGCAGAUGGCUACACGAUUAGCGCCUCUCGCUAUGCGUAUUGUUAACCAAAAUAUCGAAGGGUUGAUGUGUGUCAAGCAGGCUACACUGCAUACAGGAAACUAUGUGGUUGCGGUCAAUUGUUUAGUAGAUACCUCAUUUUAUGCUUUGACUGCUUUAAGACAUAUGAAUACAUUUACAACACUUAAACCAUUAGAUUUAGAAAAAACAACAUCUAAUUUAAUUUGCAAGAUGGUCGAAUUAGGAGAAUAUAAUAGGGCAUUAGAUGAAAUUGUCAAGUUUCGUUUAUUAUUAGCAAGUGUCGCCAAAGUUCAACUUGAUGCCAAAAAACCUAUCACUGUCAUUCAGAAAGCAGCUAGUCCUAUCAAAAGUGUGCUAACGGAAUCACCUAGAAAUCAUCAACUGCAAACUGUCGCUAUGGCAUCUACAAUACCUGUUGUGCCCGAUUCCAUUAUUAAAACACAAUGGGAAGAUGACAUGUUGGUUAAAUAUCAAGAUUUAUUUCAAUUCCCAUUGGAUCCAAAUCUUAAAGAUCGAACAAUUAUUUUGCUAGUUUUAGCCUAUCAAAUGAACACACUUCGAUGUUGGUGUGAAAUUGGCGAUGGCUCAUUAUCAAAGUACGUACCUUAUUUUAUGGAAAGAUCAGGAAAUUUCUUCGAUUGGUGUAAACAACUAUUGAAAGUUGAUCUGCCUGUUGCCAAAAAACAACUUGAUACGUUUCAACGAUUAUUGUAUAAAGCAGCUAACCGAUUUCCUUUAACAGGUAAGCAUCGAUACAUUUUGUGUUAG